AGCUGCUGCCACAAUAUCCUUGACUUGCUCCAAGGUAGUUGAUGACAACAGAGCUUCCUCUUCCGUAAAAACCAGCCAUGGCGUCUGGGACAUUGUAUACUUACCCGGAGAAUUUUCGAGCGUAUAAAGUGUUGAUAGCCGCACAAUAUGCUGGCAGCAAUGUGAAAGUUGCUCCUGGCUUUGUUUUUGGAGAAACUAACAAGACUGAAUCAUUUUUAAAGAAGUUUCCACUAGGAAAGGUUCCAGCUUUUGAAUCCUCUGAUGGCCACUACUUGACUGAAAGCAAUGCUAUUGCUUACUAUGUGGCGAAUGCGCAGCUUAGGGGUCAGUCUGACCUGGAACGUGCUCAGGUGUUGCAGUGGCUGGGUUUUGCAGACAGUGAAAUCCUCCCUGCCUCCUGUACAUGGGUGUUUCCAUGCAUUGGUAUCAUGCAGUACAACAAGCAGGCAACAGAACGUUCAAAGGAGGAUGUGAAGGAAGCACUUAGAACUCUGAACAAUCACCUCCUGACACGUACCUUCCUAGUUGGGGAGCGCAUAUCCCUCGCAGACAUUUGUGUUGCCUGUACGCUGCUGCACCUGUAUCAGUAUGUUCUGGACCCUGCCUUUAGGAAGCCGUAUCAAAAUGUAAACAGAUGGUUCAAUACCAUUAUCAACCAACCACAAGUUAAAGCUGUUAUUGGUGAAUUCAAACUGUGCGAGAAGAUGGCAGAAUUUGAUCCAAAGAAAUUUGCUGAAUUCCAAGCUGCCACCAAACAGCAGCAGCCGGGCAGUGCAAAAAAAGAGAAAAAGCAGAAAGGCCAGGGGGAGGGUCAGCAGCAGCAACCGAAGGAAAAGGAAAGCAAGAAGAAAGAGGAACCUGACCCUGCAGAGGAGAUGGAUGCGGCGGACUUAGCUGUUGCUUCAGAGCCGAAGGCCAAGGACCCCCUGGAAGCUCUUCCCAAAGGGACAUUCAACAUGGAUGAUUUCAAGCGUUUCUAUUCCAACGAAGAUGAGAGUAAAUCCAUUCCUUAUUUUUGGGAGAAGUUUGAUCCAGAGCAUUACUCAAUCUGGCUUGGUGAAUAUAAAUAUAAUGAUGAGUUGCAGAAGGUUUUCAUGAGCUGCAACCUUAUAUCAGGCAUGUAUCAGCGUCUGGAUAAAAUGCGCAAGAAUGCAUUUGCCUCAAUGUGCCUGUUUGGUGCUGAUAAUGACAGCUCUAUUUCAGGAAUCUGGGUGUGGAGAGGACAGGACUUGGCAUUCGAUCUGAGUCCAGACUGGCAGGUUGACUAUGAGUCCUACCAGUGGACCAAACUGGAUCCCAGCAAGGAGGAAACGAAGGCACUGGUGAAGCAGUACCUCUCGUGGACGGGCACAGACAAGCAGGGCCGCAAAUUCAACCAGGGGAAAAUCUUCAAAUAAAUGCAAGAUUUAUUGUACUUACUCAAAGUGAGAUGAGGGUUUUGCUUACUGCCAGAAUUUCUUUGUACUGUGAGCAGUAGCAAAGACAUGACUUUUGUAAUAAAAUGUUGGAAGUGUUCAUAAGCAAUUUAUCUGGUUAUCUUUAUUUAUUGUUGAGGGAAAUUUGAGAUUGGUGACAUUGUGUGCCUCCAUUUUGAAAAAUAGCCAACAUUUUAUAAGGUCAUUUGCAGCAUUUAACACCACUGGCGUGUGUGAUAGUAACAAGCUGGUUUUAUUAAACAGUUUUGUGUGUACUACGUGUAUUGUUUGAGGGAGUGCAUUUUUUAUUUAAAUUUUUAUUGCUUGCCUGUUUCCCUGAAUGUUAAUAAAGAUUGUGAAUUGAAA